UGAGCAGCGCAGUCUGCUUGGUAUCUCCGCCUCAGGCCAGGUGGUCACGUGCGCUCGGGGGCCGGAUUGUUGACAACUGCACAACUGGAUACGGUCACUGGAUCACACCUGAUGGUGUCUGCUUCACUGGAGCCAGGACGUUUCUCUCAACAUGGAUCUGGUUAGCGAGAUGCGGCGGGAGAAAAACGUUGUCGCUCGUGAAAGCGACACAGUCAUCACCCUGAGCGUAUUCAAUCCUCCGGUUAACGUGACGGAUUUAAAGAGCGGUGGGCAGAAUGGUUCGGCACCCGCAGCUGCAGCUGACUACGAUCCUUUCGCCGAAAGGAACCGCGAAAAUGCCUACUCCGACUACGGUGCCCUGGCGCACUUGCUGAAGUCGGCUCUGAGCAGCGGCUUCCUGGUGAUGCCGAAUGCUUUCAAGAACGCCGGGCUCGGGUUUGGACUAGUUUCUACCUUCGUCAUAGCCUUCAUCUUCAACCACACAAUACAAUUGCUGGUGCGGUGCUCCCAGGAGCUGUGCCGGCGGGAGCGCGUGCCAGUGCUCGCUUUCGCUGAGACCGCGGAGGCGGCCUUCAAGACCUCGAGAUUUCCAGUCCUCCGCUCCUACUCUACGUUCGCAAAGAAUUUCGUGAACGUCGGGAUCCUGUCAUCUUACUACGGAGCGUCGUCCGUGUACCUGCUGCUGCUCGCCACUUCGGUACAGCAGGUGUGCAGGUACUACGUGCCCGCGAUGGCGGAGCUGGACAUCCGCUACUACCUGCUGAUGCCGCUGCCCAUCCUGCUUGUGCUGGGGGUGCUGCGCGAGCUCAAGUACCUGGUGCCCUUCUCGCACGCGGCCAACGUGGCCGUGGGCAUCAGCUGCGGCAUCACGCUCUACUACAUGUUCUGCGACCUGCCGGACAUCGCUGAGCGCAAGAACUUCGCAACUGUCGCACAGCUGCCCAUCUUCUUCAGCAUUGCAAUCUUCGCCAUGGAGUGCAUCGGCGUGGUCUUGCCGGUAGAAAACAGCAUGAAGAAACCGAGCCAUUUCCUAGGUUGCCCUGGAGUGCUCAACAUCGGUUUCUCCAUCGUCGUCGGCUUGUACGCCAUGAUGGGCUUCGUCGGUUACUGGAAGUAUGGCGAGGACACCAUGGAUAGCAUCACUCUAAACCUGCCGCUAAAUGAGAUCCUGGCGCAGUCGGUGAACGUGUUGAUCGCGCUGGCUACGCUAGUGACGUUCGGGCUGGCGGUGAUGGUGCCCAACAACAUCGCCCUCUCCAUGAUCCUGGAGAAGGUCUCUCCUAAGAGGGCCGAGAUCGUCCAGUACGUCUUUCGCAUCUUCGUCGUCCUCGCUUCAGUGUCAAUAGCGGUGGCCAUCCCGAAGCUGCAACCCAUCGUGUCGCUGGUGGGAGCUGUCUUCCUGUCCGUGUUGGGACUCUUCUGCCCACCCAUCCUGGAGAUCGUCGUCUUCUGGGACGAGGGCCUCGGCUGGAAGCGCUGGAGAAUGUGGAAAGACAUCUUUAUCGCUGCCUUUUCACUCUUCGGCCUAGCAACUGGUUGCUACGCUAGUAUUGUUGACAUUAUCAACACCGUAUAGACUGAUGUAACUACAGCCGAAAACCCGUGGACUGAAAACUGGAUCCACUGCUGUAGCGUCUGCGCGAGAGAUGUUCCCGAUGUAGUGCCGGCGUGUACGCCUCCUGAUCAUUAAACGUGAGACCAUUUACUGCGCCGAGGAGAAUAUCUAGUUCAACCGGACUGUAGCUGUUGAACUGUAUGCAUGAACUGCGAAGGACAGAAGUGGUGGAUACGGACUUUGCGAAUCAAGUUCCUAUAUCAGAGCUCUUUUAGUGUGUUUAUGUCGUGUGUUUGAGAAGUGUGUGUGUGUAUGUGUGUUUUCUCGCUGUAUUUAUGUUGCUACAUUCCGUGUACAACAAUGACUUUCGACACGCAACACAUCGACGUACAAAUAUUUACCAGUUUCCAAAGCGUACAAUAAAUACAAAGGUGACGCUGACUGGAUGAUGUGCUAUUGUGAGAAAACUAUAUACUUGUUAAACAGAUCAGAUGUAAUUUGCAGUUGUCAGAAAACAUCUGUACCCACUGAUUCAAUGUGUAGGACUAAUUUUUUCAUUCUCCGUAAAUACACUUAUGCCGCAAAUGGAGAUAAAUAGUAGUGUCUUCGAAUUUUUUCCUUACAGUGUGGGUGAUUAGCUAUCAUGUGGAGUUGUCUGAAGUGUCUAUGACAACGCAUUUGACGCUGUUAUAAAAAAAAGCAGUGAAAAUAUAACUGCAAUUGUAUUAAACGGAUUAUUCGACAAAUUGUGCAACUAACGUUGGCCGAUUACAAUUGUGCAUUCUGUUUGUACAAGCAUAACUGUUUUUGAUAAGUGCAUUAAUGUAAUGAGUUGCAGCCGCUAUUAUGAAACAGCAGUUUUAUAUUAGUAAGAAUUUUUGUCUUCAGUUCCAAAUAUAAUCCACGUUGACGGAAUUUGUUACUUCUACUUUGCAAUUACGUAAGCUAACAGUGCCUAACUUUAAGUCGCACAUCAUUGUUUCGUUUGUGUCAGUGUGAAACAAUACCAGUACCUGUUUAAAGAACUGUAUCAUUUGCAGCUGUAAUGUAAAUGUCAGUUUUAAUAUAUCCUUGUCACGAGAUACUGAAAAUGAUUAGUGGCUUGCUUUUGAUACUGAUAAUUAUAUUUAUUUUCUAGUACA